AUGGCUCAACUGACAGGAAAAAUUCAAGCAGAUGCAGCAUAUUUAAAAGGAGAUUUUGAAGCAGCGGAAGCCUUAUAUACGCAAGCACUUUUGGAAGCUCCGGAUGAUGAGCGACUUUGGACAAACCGUGCACAAACAUAUCUUCAACUUAAACGAUGGUCUGAAGCAAUAAAUGAUUGUUCGGAAGCAUUAAAAAGGAAUCCUUAUAAUUUAAAAGCACUUUUCCGGCGUGGAAAAGCUUAUGAACAACAAGGAAAUAUUAAAGCUGCAAAAGAAGACUGGAACCUGGCAUUAAUCCAAGAUCCGAAAAAUAAGACAGUUCAAGAAGCAUUAUUUUUAUUAAACAAAACUAAAAUAAAUUGUACAGAUGAAAAAGUUGAAAAAGUGGUAAAAAAAAUACCAAUUGCUAUUAAAGAAGUUGAAACGUUGCCUUCAUGGGCAGAAAAUGAGUAUCAACAUAAUUCAAAUACAAAGGAAUAUAAACCAUCAUUAAAUGGGUUGAAAUAUAAAACAUCAACAAAAGAAGUGAUACCAACAUUACAAAUACUUGAACAAAAACUUCGAACAAUGGAAGAAACAGAAAUAUCAAAACAGGAGAAACUUAUGUAUUUUUUUUCUAUUAACUAUGUAAUGCUACCACAUCUUUUUGGUACAGCAGGAUUAGAAGGUAUUUUUUUAGAAACCUUUUUACAUGCAAUUAAAUAUGCAUAUCAACAAGAAAAAGACAAAAUUAAAUGGUGGAAACAAAGCCUUGGUAUUCUUCAACAAUUGUCUUGUUGUUCUCGGUUUGAUAUUGCAAUUUUAUUUGUAAAAAAAACAAUAUUGGAAGAUAUGAAUCAAUUAUUUGAAAAAGCAAUAAUAGAAAUGGAAGAAAAGAUAAAAGAAUCAUAUAGAACUAUUUGGGAAAUAUGGAUGAACCAAGGGACAUAA